UAUAUUUUAUAUAUAUGUUUUUAUAUAGAUAUAUAUAAAAGAUAUACAUAAAAAAAAUGGAAGAUGUUGCAACUUUAUCAGAUAGUGAACUAAGAAGAGAGCUUCUUUUACAUGGAGUAAAUGUUGGUCCUGUUACUCCUACAACCAGAAGUGUAUACCAAAAAAAGCUUAUGAACAUGAUUCCACUCCCUUUACUAGUAUACAACAGAAUAAUCUUGAUCAUGAAGAUUAUAAAAUCAAAAGUAGCUAUGAAGAAACCUCUUACCAUGUUUCUACACCUAAACAUGACUUGCAACAUAAAUGCCCAACUAAUUUAAUCAUACAAGAAUCUCCAUAUAGCCGUUAUUAUGAACCUGUUGAUGAUGUACUUCGCAGAAGACCUUUAUAUACUCCUUCAGGAUCUAGUGUUAAACGUUCAGUAUUUACAUCUCAACCAACUUCUACUCCAACUAAAUCAUACCAACCGGUGCAAAUUUCUAACUCAAAAAUUCACAAAACAUCAAAUUCAUCGUUAUAUUGCAAAAUUGGUGCUGUUAUAUUUUUGGUAUUAGCUAUUUUGGUUUUGUUGGUUUACUUUUAUAUGGAACCUAUGGUUUGGAGAGAAAUAUCUACAUUUAAAAAAUAUGCAAAAUAAAUAAUUGAAAAGC